GGCGGCCGCCCGGCGGGAACGGUGACGGGUUGGGGCUAUGGCGGUGGCCCCCACUGAGUUUCCGUUAGAAGAUGUGAAUUCAGACUUGCAGAAGCCCCUGGACAGUGACUCUGACAGCGGCCAGGGCAGCUGUGAAACGGCCUCCCCAGGUCACCUCAGCAAGGGGCCGGCGUCCCUCGAUGGUGGAGAUUCAGAGGAAGAGAUUUUUGUACAUAAAAAAGCAAAAAGAAAGAAGGUGAUUCAGGACAGUGAGAGUGAAGACGGAGAGGAUGGCGGCUCUUUUCUGCAGGAUGAUUCUCCAGAGGGAGACAAGGAAAAAGAAGAGGAAAAAGAGAAUGUUACUACCCAGAGGAACAAGAAACCUCGUCGGAUUCGCCAAGGUCUGCUGGACAGUGAUGACAGUGACACUGAUGACCAUUUAGAGAUUGAAAACCUUGAAACAAGCAGAAAUUCUGGCUUGCCUGAGAACGAGUUGGAAGAGGAGAGACCCCUAAAAACUGGAAAAAAGGACAGAAAACAUAAACAACAUAAACAUGAUUUUGAAGAAGAGACGGCAAAGGUAGCUGGAGGAAAAUCAAGAAGAAGAAAGGAGAAGGAGAGAAGAUUUGAGUCCAUUAAACAGCUGAAAAAAGAAAAGAAGCCUAGAACAGAGCAGGUAGAUGGUGGCGAGAGGUAUCCUUUUAAUGACAGCGGGUGUCUUCUUGAUGACAAAGAACUGUUUGAUAACGGCUUAGAAGAGGAAAAUGAUGACCCCCCAGAGGAUGAGGAGUCAAUAGAAUCAAUACGAGCAGCAGUGAAAAACAAAAUAAAAAACUAUAAGAACAAAGAGCGGUUUUCUGAGGGUGAAGGCUACAAACACGUAUUUGAUGAUGAGGAUGAGGAACCUGUAUUAAAGGAACCAAAAAGGAAGGAGCGGAAAGCAGCAAGGUUAAGUAAAGAAGCCAUCAAACAACUGCAUAGUGAGACCCAACGACUUAUUAGAGAAUCGUCUGUGUCUCUCCCGUAUCACGUGCCUGAGGCCAAAAGCAUUCACGACUUCUACAAGAAUAGACCUCGGCCAGUAUGUCAGGGAAAUGCCAUGGCAUUGCUGAAGUCCACUAAAUAUCAGCUGCCCCUGAGUGAAGAAUCUACAGACACUAAGAGCUUGCGUACGGAUUGCAGAGAUGGGCAGGUCGAAGGUGAUCAGUCGGCAGCUGAUGAACCAGAAACAAGCCUUGGCAGAGAUGCUGAUAGUUCUGUGAACAAGCCUCUUGCUGAUGUAGGGCACAACUCGACAGAGGACUGUGCUGAGAAGCCCAGUGAUGAGACUCUCACAACUAGGACUGAUGCAACUGAUGGUAGCACAGAAGAACAGCAGCGCCCUGACUUCCCGAGCACUGACUGUGGUGAACAGAAAGAGAAUGAAAUUCCUUUAGCAGCUGGAGGAGAUGCCCUUGAGCAAAGAGAUGGAACAGCACCAGAGUUAGAAUGUGAAAAAAGCAAUCAAGAAGUGGGGACUGGACUGGGGGCACAGCCUGAGAAAGUGAGGAAGUCCAAGUUGGAUAAACUUCGCGAACUGGGAAUCGACCUGUCCAUCAAGCCAAGAAUCUCUUCUGGCAACGAAUCCUUUAUAAACCUCGAGGAAUCCGAUUCAAAUAAAGAGAUAGAAGCCUUGAAAGCGCGUUUCUUGAAGCACACCCUUAAAACGUCCAAAUCCAAAGCCGAACGGACCAUAAACAUGACCAUCAUUCGUAAGGAGACCACGUCUGAAGGGAAGGAGGAGCUGAAAACAGCCGUGGUGCCAGCAGUGCUGGCUGCAGAGAGCCUGGAGGGAGCCAGCCACACCAAGCCAGGUGAAAAGCUACAGGCACUGAAGGCUAAGCUCCAGGAGGCCAUGAAGCUCCGCAGGACUGAGGAACGGCAGAAGCGGCAAGCGUUGUUCAAACUGGAUAAUGAGGAGGUGUUGGAGGAGGAAGAGGAGGAGGAGGAGGAAGAAGAGAUGACAGAUGAGUCUGAGGAAGAGGAGGAAGGCGAUCAUGAGAAUGUGGAAUAUGUGCUGGAUGAAGCAGAGGAAGAUAACGAAGAUAUAGAAGAGAAACACGGUGAAGAUGGUGAUAAAGAAACCGACAAAGAAUCAAUUGAUGGAGAAAAGUUGGAGAAAUCUGUGCACUCUGAUUCUGUUCCCAAACUGCCCUCAACAGAGUCUACAUUGAUGCUUUUUAAGGACAGCUCCUCCAAAAUGGGAUAUUCUCUUCCUGAUGAGAAACUUGAAAUGGAAGAAGCUGCAGACAAAGGACCCACAAAGUUAGAGGAUGAUGAUUCCUUCUCUCUCCCAACGCUGGCAAAGGAGAACAGCCAUAACAGCAGCUUCGAGCUGAUCGGCUCCAUGAUCCCGUCCUACCAGCCCUGCAACAGACAGAUCUCUCGGGGAGGGAACUUCCUCUCUGCAGCAGGAGGUUUCAGGUCGCCUUCCCCAGGCUUUUUCAAAACAAGCUUUAUCAGCUCUGCCUCCAAGAGCUCAGGAAAGACAUCUGAGCCCUCUCUUCCCAUAGAAGAUUCCCAGGACUUGUACAAUGCCUCUCCUGAGCCCAAGAGUUUAUUUCCAGGGGCUGGGGAGUCUCAGUUUCAGUUUUCUCUGGAAGAUGACACUCAGAGCCAGCUGCUUGAUGCAGAUGGGUUCUUGAAUGUUGGACAGCACAGGACUAAGUACCAGCCCUCAAAGCAUCAGCUGACGCUGGCGAGUAUGGAUGAGAACGCCAUGGAUGCCAAUAUGGAUGAACUGCUGGACUUGUGUUCAGGACAGUUUAGCAGCCAAGCUGAACACGUGCCAAACAGUGCCAGUGACAAAAAGCAGAACAUGGAAGAGUUGCUCAAUCUUUGCUCAGGAAAAUUUGUGUCUCAGAGUUCUCCAACGUGGGCCUCUUCGGUGUCUUCCAAGGCAGAAAAGGACAGUGACAUUGAAGAUCCGAUGGCAGAAGCUCUAGCACUUUGUUCAGGUUCCUUUCCCACAGACAGGGAAGAGGAAGAAGAGGAGGAGCAUGAAGAACUCGGUGAUUUUCAGCUUGUAACAGAUGACAACGUCUUUGAUAGUGAUGAGGAUGAAAAAAGUGGAGGUAGUGAUGCUGAAGAAGCAGAAAUGAGUGACGAAGAGGAAGAACUGCUGAGACAUAGACAGGGCAUGAAGAAAAAACUAAAACUGCAGGAUUUCAUGGAAGACGAGGCCGAGCUGUCGGGGAGCGACGUGGGAAGCGAGGAUGAGUAUGAUGGUGAAGACCUGAAUGAAUAUGAAGAAGAGAUGAUUGACGAGGAACUCCCUAAUGAAGUGGAACUAGAAAAUCAGAUACAGAAAUUUCACAUGAAGGCGAUGCUGGAUGACGACAAGCGCCAGCUGCGCCUGUACCAGGAGAGAUACCUCAUUGAUGGGGACCUGCACAGCGACGGCCCCGGCAGAAUGAGGAGGUUCAGAUGGAAAAACAUAGAUUACGAUUCACAGAUCGACUUGUUUCAGAGAGAUUCAGAUAACGAGGAUGAAAAUGAGCAGUUCGAUGAGACAGAGGUGAAAUGGAGGAAAGAGCGAUUUGAACGAGAGCAGUGGCUCCGUGAGCAGAAGGAAAAAAAUAAAGAGCAGGAGGAGGAGGAAGAGGAAGAAAUUGGUGAAGACAGCCAAUUCAUGAAACUAGCAAAAAAAGUAACUGCGAAGUCCCUGCAGAAGAAAGCGAGCCCAGCUGUUGUGGUACAGGACACAACACUCUUACCCAGGAGCCCUUUUGAAGCAUUCAGACCUGCUGGUGACCCCCAGAUAAAAAACGGGUCUCUCCUGAACAGACCCAAAGCUGUCCUUCAGAAACUGGCAGCCAUGUCAGAGCUUAAUCCAAACGCACCUCGAAAUUCAAGGAAUUUUGUCUUCCAAACACUUUCCCCAGAGAAGAGUGAAGAGGGAAAGGAGAAAUCAAAACCUCAGGUGAAGAAAAGAGGUCCUACUGCAGUAAUAACAUCUUUGGCCAAACGGCCCAGGGUGGACACCACAGAGGAAACAAGUCAAAGCCGAAGCAUAUUCCAGUACUUGGAGAGCUGAAUAUUUCUGCUCCGGGCUGGAGGUUGUAUCUCUUCUCUUUGCCACUUGUGGUUUGUUUUACAAAUCUGCCAGCAAAUCCUCAGGAAGGCAAACAAAUUGCUGAACGUUCUCCUGCUGCCACUUCAUUCACAAGUUCCAGUAACUUCCAGGCAAUGGUUUUGUUUAUUCCCCUUUGUUUUCUCUCGGUGCUCCGUGAUAAAUGAGAGCACAAACCCCGUGCCUGGUUUGGGGUGAAAUGC